AUGCGGGCCUCCACGGACACCGUGACGGCAGUGAUGCCGCUGUCGCCCUCUCCCAGCACGCGCUCCAUGGAAUCCAACCAACUAGUAUACACUGGAGAUGGAUCAGUUGACUUUUCUGGAAAUCCUGUUGUCAAGGAAAGAACUGGUAGAUGGAAGGCAUGUCCAUUCAUAUUAGGUAAUGAAUGCUGUGAACGACUGGCCUAUUAUGGCAUCUCCACGAACCUUGUUACUUACUUGACAAAAAAGCUACAUGCUGGCAAUGCCUCUGCUGCUAGCAAUGUGACUACAUGGCAGGGAACUUGCUACCUGACUCCGCUUAUUGGAGCAAUCCUGGCUGAUGCAUACUGGGGGAGGUAUUGGACAAUUGCAACAUUCUCCACAGUAUACUUCCUCGGGAUGUCAAUACUGACUCUUUCAGCAUCAGUUCCUAUGCUCAUGCCUCCAUCCUGUGAAGGAUCCGUUUGCCCACCAGCAAGCCCUUUUCAGUAUACUGUCUUUUUUCUUGGCCUUUAUCUAAUUGCCCUGGGUACUGGUGGAAUUAAGCCGUGCGUCUCAUCCUUUGGAGCGGAUCAAUUUGAUGAUACAGAUCCAGCUGAGCGGAUUCAGAAGGGUUCUUUCUUUAAUUGGUUCUAUUUUGCAAUAAACAUUGGUGCUCUCAUAUCGAGCAGCUUUCUGGUUUGGGUGCAAGACAAUGUAGGAUGGGGACUGGGCUUUGGCAUUCCGACUGUAUUCAUGGGGCUGGCAAUCAUAAGCUUCUUCUCUGGCACAUCACUUUAUAGGUUCCAAAAACCAGGAGGUAGUCCUAUUACACGAGUAUGCCAGGUGAUUGUUGUCUCUUUGCGCAAGUGGAAUGUGCCUGUCCCAGAGGACAGCUCUCUCUUGUAUGAGCUACCUAAUGGGGUAUCAACAAUUGAGGGGAGUCGGCAAAUAGAGCACACAGAUGAACUCAGAUGUUUAGACAAGGCUGCUACAGUUACCGAAGUUGAUGUGAAAACGGCUGACUUCAACAACCCAUGGCGGAUAUGCACUGUGACCCAGGUGGAAGAACUGAAGAUACUAGUAAGAAUGUUCCCUGUCUGGGCAACAACAAUAGUGUUUUCUGCUGUAUAUGCUCAGAUGUCGACAAUGUUCGUGGAACAAGGGAUGGUGCUUGACCCAUCCUUGGGUUCUUUCAAGAUUCCUCCAGCUUCACUAUCUACUUUUGACACUCUAAGUGUCAUCAUAUGUGUCCCGAUGUACGAUUACAUCGUGGUUCCAAUAGCCAGGAGAUUCACUGGCAAUGAGAGGGGCUUUACAGAGUUGCAGAGGAUGGGCAUUGGCCUGGUAAUUUCCAUCAUAGCUAUGUCAGUCGCUGCAGUCCUCGAAAUCAAGCGGCUAGCAGUUGCCAGGGAAGCACACCUGGUGGAUCAGAAUGUCCCAGUCCCACUGAGCAUAUUCUGGCAAAUCCCUCAGUAUUUCCUGAUUGGUCUAUCGGAGAUUUUCACAUUCAUUGGAGCGCUAGAGUUCUUUUACGACCAGUCACCAGACGCCAUGAGGAGCCUCUGCAGCGCACUUAAUCUUCUCACUACUGCAGGCGGGAACUAUCUCAGCACGUUCAUUUUGACAAUGGUCGCGUACUUUACUACAAGGGGAGGUAACCCUGGAUGGAUUCCUGACAACUUGAACGAAGGGCAUCUUGAUUACUUCUUCUGGCUCCUUGCUGGCCUCAGUUUUCUGAACCUGAUUGUAUAUGUCAUCUGUGCUGGCAAAUACAAGGGCAAGAAGGCAGCUUGA